AGGAUGCCACGGGAGUAUGGAGCACAGGAGCAGGCUUGCCGUCCUUUUGGUUGCUUCACGCACGCCAUGGUCACUUCCAGGAGCAUCGUGCACGCAACCACUGGCCUCCUCCAUUGACCGCGCAGCAUCCGAGGUCUCCUCCAUUGACCUCCCCUUCUCUUCUCUUCUCUUCUCGCGUCCGAGGUCUGUACGCGCGCCGCCGCGAGCUUGCAGCAGCCCGGCCACGGCCAGGCCCGCACGUGCGCCGCCGCGUCGAUUCUCACCCGGUAACUAACGCAAUCAUCUUCGUGCCUUCUGCAUCCCUGCAAGGGUUGGUUGGUUCAUGGGAGAUCGUAACUGAUAAUGUGGGGUGAAAGGACUCAUCACAAGCACUGGCAUCAAGCUCAUGCUCCAUCUGGAAGUUCCAAGGAAAAAAUCAACGACAAACGGCAGCCAAAAUUUAUACCAGACAAUUACAGCUCAGUGGAUGAGGUCACUACUGCCCUAAGAGAAGCUGGUCUUGAAUCAUCAAAUCUAAUUCUUGGUAUCGACUUCACCAAAAGCAAUGAAUGGUCAGGUAGGCAUUCCUUUAGAAGAAAAUCUCUGCAUGCCAUUAAUGGCACCCCAAAUCCAUAUGAGCAAGCUAUUUCUAUAAUUGGGCGAACACUUUCACCUUUCGAUGAUGAUAACUUGAUACCAUGUUUUGGAUUUGGUGAUGCUUCUACGCAUGAUCACUCUGUCUUCAGCUUCUACUCAGAUAACCAUCCCUGUCGUGGCUUUGAGGAGGUUCUUUUAAGGUAUCGACAAAUUAUUCCACAUUUGAAUCUUUCAGGACCAACUUCUUUUGCACCUCUUAUUUAUGCAGCGAUUUCUGUUGUUGAAAAUAGUAACUGGCAAUACCAUGCUCUCGUAAUCAUAGCUGAUGGCCAGGUGACCACCGCUAAUACACAUGAUGGAAAAUUAAGUCCACAGGAACAGGCAACUAUACAAGCAAUUGUUAAUGCUAGCUACUAUCCUCUUUCAAUUGUGAUGGUUGGGGUGGGCGAUGGACCAUGGGAUGCGAUGCAGCAUUUUGAUGACUGUAUCCCUGAAAGAGCUUUUGAUAAUUUCCAGUUUGUGAAUUUCACUGAUAUUAUGUCGACAAGCAAGGAUAUGCCAAAGAAGGAGGCUGCAUUUGCCCUUGCAGCCCUUAUGGAAAUACCCUCUCAGUAUAAAGCAACUCAAGGCCUCCGGCCUCCAGAAAAGCAAGCGCAAAGGACUGCCCCUCCGAGAAUUCUUCCUCCUCCGAACAAAGUUCUUGAACACGAUAAUGCUGCAGCCUCACAUCAUCCUCCAACUGCAAGCUCCCGGCCAACCGGCAUUGGCAAAAGUGCUGCCGACGAGCAGGUAUGCCCCAUCUGUUUAACCAAUCCGAAGGACAUGGCUUUUCAGUGUGGUCACCUGACAUGCAAGGAAUGUGGCCCAACACUAUCAACAUGCCCCUUGUGCCGUGCGCCAAUCACUAUGCGCGUGAGGCUCUACUCUUGACUUCUCGAGACGAUGUGGUAUCUGGAGGGGAGGAAUCAACCCUUCCAUCCAUGGGGUAUAUCAAACAGUAAGGAGCAAGAACGCUGGAGAUGUAAAAUUGAUUUCCUGUCCAUUUCCAAGGAUGUUGAUUGACGAAUCAUAGCAUGUAAAGUUUAUUGCUAUCUUGUAGUACUAGCUGGGAAUUGUGGUUUCUAGUUGAAUGGGUUACCAGCAGUUGUCACAAGAUACUUGUCUGUUCAUUUCGGAGAACAGAUACUCUGAUGUCGCACAAUGUUUAUAUAUGGAACGGCUAGCUCUUGUUCGAGUUUGAAGA